GACACCGUGACACCGGGAGAGGCUGGAAGUUCAAUAAAAACACCUUCGCAGCUCCGGGGAAGAGCAAAGUGGACACCAGCUCAGCUGAAACAUGCGGCUAUCUUUGGCAGCUUCUUUAUUUUUCUCUCUGGGAUUAAUACAUCCGGUGUGGACGUCGUUUCCUGUCCCUCCAGAGGACUUGGAGGGAUCAGGUUAUGACCUGGAUGGUUCUGGUUCCGGUUCUGGAGAUGGAGAUGGGUCAGAGCAGGGUGUAACUGAAGAUCAGCACAACAGCAAAGACGGCAGAAUUCUGAAACCAGAAACCAGAGACGAGACCAAGAUUACUUUCCAUGGCUUUUCAGACAAGACGUUUGGUAACACGCACAGGUCUGCAGCACACGAUGACUCUGGAUAUGUUAUUAUAGCAAACAGCAGGAGCUACUUUGAGAAUAGUGAAUUCCUUGCAGGUGUUAUUGCAGGGGGAGUAACGGGAUUGGCUCUUGCAGCAACUGUGGCAGCAAUAUUAAUCUACAAAUGGCAGAAGAAAGAGGAGGAGGACCGCUACAGUCUGGGCCCAGAGAAGGCUUUAGAUCAUAAUUAUCAGAAACCAAACAGGGAAAAAGUAUUCCUUGUUUAACCACACCUGCAUCUGAUAACUGUAAAGCCGUUGUUUGAUAAGUUGAUGCUACUGGCCAAUUUAUGUACCUCAAAAUCUACUGUAAAUGCAUACUUUACUCGUGGUCUCUGGAAGGAAGGUGGGGUUCAUAUUUCUUAUGCACUUAAAGUGAAAUAUGUCUAUUGUUGUUGAAUGUAUUUAUAUUUAAGAUAAAACAUUAAGGAUUUUUUAAAUCGAUGAUCUUCCAGGUGUCCGUCUUUUAAAAAUAAUUGUGAUUCCUUCAUCGUACACCGAGUAGCUGUAGCACUGGGGUCGUAUCCUCUGAGUUUUGGGUGAUGUGGGAUUUUGUUACGAUGUGUAAUUUUAAUUGCCUUCAGUGUGUUUGGUUGAAUGAAGGUAAAGCAAAGAUGCACAAUUUAAUAUGUAAUUAGUUAUCAUUAUAUGAAAGUUUCUGUUUAAUUGUUUUGAAGAGGUAGCUUAUUGUAGCAUUUAUAUUUGCCUUUAAACGGGCAAAAAAAAUAUCUACUGCACUUCUAAAGAAAAUGGAGUGAAACAGGCCUGUCCACCAGACAUUUUGACAAAUCACAAUGUAAUAAUAAAACACAAAAAAGCAGGCGAAUUAACUUUUUUUGUAGAAACUUGGCUACUCUGUCAUGUUUUACAGGGACGGGUGAAUAAAUGAGAACCAUUGUUAAGUUGCCAGAGAGUGAUAAUCAAAAUUUCUGUAAUGUGGGGACCAUUGAUAAGCAGGAAAAUCUGUGUCAUUCACCAUUACUUUAAGCUAUGUGACCCAUGUGAUAUGAGAUAUGAAUUGAAGGGGCAGCUCAUUUAAGAGUGCAUAACACCGCUAUAGCUGCUGUAAUGCAACAUGUUUUAUGUUGCGUAUAUGUAUGUCUAUUUUUUUUUAUGUAAUAAUCAAUAAUAAAACAACUUUGUAACAAUUAAAA